AUGUCUUCCAGAGCAUCCAAUUCGGGGUCCAGAUCCGGGACUGUACAGCAACAGGUAUCCGUUAAACCUGAAAGACAGUUAGCUGAUUGUCCAACAAAUUUAAAAGAGGCUGUGGAUUGGCUAUUAAGAUUGACGAAUAAAGAUGGCCAAGGUGGGCGGCCUAAUGAAGGUAAGAUUCAUGCACGUCAGUAUCACGUAUUUUUAGUUGCUGUAAAUGAGUUAGCUAAGGAAGUAGAGAAGCUACUUAAGGAGGUUCAGGGUUUCAUAAAGGCGAAAGAUGGGAAAGUGCUCAGUAAUGUGCUUCAAGCAUUGGCAAAUGAUAAAUUGUUUACACUUUCGAAUAUUAAUUUUGGAGGUUUCCAUCCUGGAGGCAUCAUACUUCAAUUAAGUGAUGGUUUGGCAGAGUUCAUUGGAUAUUACGGUGCCGGUAUAAAUGGAAUGGGUAUUGGUAGCAACAGCAACGAGAACACUUAUAAAUCGUCGUACAAGGGUGCACAGUGGGAGAGGGGUGAAAGUGCCAAAUACGCUUUGAUAUUCUUAGGAUGCAUACCCAUAAUGUUUUUUGGCUUAAGCUACCUGUACUGGCAAUGUUCUCCUGGGACGAACGAACAAAAUCGUAGAUGGACAUGUGAUAGAGGGAGUCACAAAGGUGGUUUAAAAUGCCAGGCCAUCACAGAUUAUAGAAAUCCCAUUUGUGUCUAUUUACAGUCGAUGGGCUACAAUAUAUCUCAGAUCAAUUCCAAUAGUGACAACCAUAGAGAUGCGGGGUUUCUUUUACCGCUGCUUCAGAUGAUUUUCAUGGAAUACGAUACAACGACGACAUCUUUGCAGAACGAUAGUUCGUUCAAUGGCGCCUGCUCCGUAUUUGUGAAUAACUUGUUACAGAAAGUAAAAGGAAAAGAUCUUCAAAAGACUUACUUAUUGGACCAGCCCAUAACCUAUCUGUAUGCUACCACUGUGUAUUAUUUUCAAGCAAUUCAGAAUGCAAAUAAAAUGAAACCGUGUGAGUUGCAAUGUCCUACAAGUAUACGCGAAAUGUUAUAUUGGAUGAUGACAUUACCGUACUCACCGAUGUACUCUAAUGUCAAGGGCGGUACGCUGGCAGCCUUGUCAGCAAAAAAGGAAAUUGAGCUUAUCAAAGGAGAUGCUAACGAAGAUAUUGUGAAAUUUGACCUUGGUACAGUGUCACAACACCUCUUCCUACCUUGUGUUUACGCUGGGUUUCUCCAAUUGACCAUAGGGGGUCAUCUAAAAGAUGACAGAAAUCCAUCUACCACCCCUUUUCUUUACGGCCUAUAUAGCAAUUCACACUUCAAAUUUCAUUAUCCUGACGACCUUGAAAAAUGGGUCAACGUAACUUGGGACGUCGUAUAUGCGCUGUAUUAUCAACUCAACUUUCUCUGGGCACAAUGUAGGACUUGUGUUUCGCUAGGUUGCGGAUGGAAAUGGUGCCAGUAUGGAAGCACCGUCAGGUGUGACAACAUUUUGACGUGGUUAUGUAGUGGCACUGGCGGUAAUCGUGGAUAUACCACCGAACAUCAUUCGUGUGACGGUGACGGUUGUGUUGAAGGACACGGCGCCUGUACUACAAGCAGCGGUCAAUGCUCGCCGCUCCAAGCCUUUCUGUGCGAUUCUCUACCAAAUAUCAAAUAUCACAUAUUUGAUAAAGAAAACGAAUGCCCAUAUUGCCACACACGAAUAACACAAGGCCCAUACAAUCACUGGUGUCCAAUCCGCAUGGGUUAUGUCAAAUCCGACCUUUCAUCAGUACCCCGAACGGGUUAUUGUCUUUUUAUUAUCUUGGAAGACUUUGUCAAGAUGGACACGGGGGAAGCCAGUUUAUAUAACCUAAUGUUGUGUGUAUAUAGCGUCAGAACGUAUAUUCCACGAAAUCCAGGAGAUCUGUUCGGAUUGUUUUUCUCUCUAUCUCUCUCUGCUGAUAACACUGGACGCGGUGAUAUAAAAAAUCUCAAAACGGCGGUUGAAGAGGAUAUUACAGGUUGUUUCUGGGAGUAUAGCACUAAAUUAGAAAGUGAUCAGAUUGUCAAUGAACUUAAAAGUCUAGGUGGUAAUGGGUCGGGUAGUAAAUCACAUACAUACGGCCGAAAUCAUUCCCCGGAUCUCAAAAGUCUCAGGGAUUGUGGCGUCGAUGGUUGUGGUCGGUGCCUGUUACCACUUACGCGCCAUAUAUACUCUACGUUUGCAACUAAAUACUCCAAAACCUAUACAUCAUGGAUAUUGUAUCUAACAAAUGUACUGCAUGAUGGUCUCAAAGAUCUUUCGAAAGCCUUCGGCGAAAUUAAAUGUAAAUACUGCAAAAAAAAACCGAAGUGUCAGGAAGGAUGUCACAACUCCGAUACCGAGACACAAUGUGCGUGUGUCUCCAUGGCGGCGUGUGAUGGUGUGUUGCAAACAUUUUACAAGUUUGGAUUCACAUUUGCGGAUGCUUCGUCGUUGAAUGUCCUACAAACAAGAAAAAGUUGCUCUGACUUUGCCGAUCACUUGUCCGCUGUCAUAGAUGGCGACCCUUUUGGAGAUCUUAUAAAGGCUAUUAACGAUUUUUUUAUCCACAUCCGUCUCCCAUUCAUCAUAACCAUUGCCGCCUUAUGGGUUUUUGCGACUGUUUAUCUCAUCUACGCAAUUAUUUUACCACUUGACAUAUUACACAUAUCUUCACACUGGAGAUUGAGUUCAUCACAUAAAAUUCCGCCAUUUAGGUUAUUAUCGGAGGCGGCGCCACCAAAGAAAAUAUGGUACUUCAAACUGUAG